AUGAAUACCAAAUUUAUCUCUUGUUUAUUACUUGUUACCUUGAUGGUCUCCUCUUGUUUGGCCACGAUUAAAGUGACCAACAACUAUGGAAUUGGUAUCGAGGCUGCUGUCAAUCAAUGGGGAAGUUCUGGAAGUACCAACUUCUUCCCUAUUAGUGCAAACAACGGAUAUGAGACCUGGAGCCGAAGUGAUUCAAAGCCAUUCAUCGUAGCUAUUAAGAUUGGUACUACCACCGCCUACGUUCCAACCCCCUACAACGGAGAGAUCGUCGUCAACUAUGAUGGUUCGAUCAAAGCCAAUGGAGUAAAUACCCCACUUUCCAGCUUGGCAUAUCAAGGUAGAAUCUGUACC